AUGACGGUGACGCCGAGGAUUACGGUGGGGGAUGGGCGGCUGGUGGCGCACGGGCGGACCAUCCUCACCGGCGUGGCGGACAACAUCACGCUCACGCACGCCUCCGGGGCGGGGCUCGUCGACGGCGCCUUCGUCGGCGCCACGGCCGCCGAGCCCAGCAGCAUGCACGUCUUCACCUUUGGCACCCUCCGGGACCUGCGGUUCAUGUGCUGCUUCCGGUUCAAGCUGUGGUGGAUGACCCAGCGCAUGGGCACCUCCGGGCGCGACGUCCCUCUGGAGACGCAGUUCAUGCUCCUGGAGAGCCGCCCGGGAACGGGCGCCACCACCGGCGGCGACGACGGCGGCGAGGCGGUGUACGUGGUGAUGCUGCCGCUGCUGGAGGGCCAGUUCCGGGCGGCGCUGCAGGGCAACGACCGCGACGAGCUGGAGAUCACCCUCGAGAGCGGGGACAAGGCGGUGCAGACGGCGCAGGGGACCUACAUGGUGUACGUGCACGCCGGGACCAACCCUUUCGACACCAUCACUCAGGCCGUCAAGGUGGUGGAGAGGCACUUGCAGACGUUCCAUCACAGGGAGAAGAAAAAGCUGCCGUCGUUCGUGGACUGGUUCGGCUGGUGCACGUGGGACGCCUUCUACACCGACGUCACCACCGAGGGCGUCAAGCAAGGCCUCAAGAGCUUGGCGGAGGGUGGCACGCCGCCGCGGUUCCUGAUCAUCGACGAUGGGUGGCAGCAGAUCGGCAGCGAGAACAAGGAGGAGUCCAACAACGCCGUUGUCCAGGAAGGGGCGCAGUUCGCCAGCAGGCUGACGGGGAUCAAGGAGAACGCCAAGUUCCAGAAGAAGGAAAAGAAGACGACCGACGACGACAAGGACGGCGGCGAGCAGCAAGCCGACGCGGCGGAGCAGACGCAAACGCCGGGGCUGAAGCUGCUGGUGGAGGAGGCGAAGCGCGAUCACGGCGUGAAGUACGUGUACGUGUGGCACGCCAUGGCGGGGUACUGGGGCGGCGUGAAACCCGCGGCGGAAGGGAUGGAGCACUACGAGAGCGCGCUGGCGUACCCGGUGCAGUCGCCGGGGGUGAUGGGCAACCAGCGGACAUCGUCAUGGACUCGCUCUCCGUGCUGGGCCUGGGCCUGCGUGGACGGCGUCAAGGUGGACGUGCAGAACAUCAUCGAGACGCUCGGCGCGGGGCACGGCGGCCGCGUCGCGCUCACCCGCGCCUACCACCGCGCGCUCGAGGCCUCCGUGGCGCGCAACUUCCCCGACAACGGAUGCAUCUCCUGCAUGUGCCACAACACCGACAUGCUCUACAGCGCGCGACAGACCGCCGUCGUCCGCGCCUCCGACGACUUCUACCCGCGCGACCCGGCGUCGCACACCGUCCAUGUCUCCUCCGUCGCCUACAACACCCUCUUCCUCGGCGAGUUCAUGCAGCCCGACUGGGACAUGUUCCAUAGCCUGCACCCGGCGGCGGAGUACCACGGCGCGGCGAGGGCGAUCGGCGGCUGCCCGAUCUACGUCAGCGACAAGCCAGGCAACCACAACUUCGAGCUGCUCAAGAAGCUGGUCCUCCCCGACGGCUCCGUGCUCCGCGCGCAGCUCCCCGGCCGCCCCACCCGCGACUGCCUCUUCGCCGACCCGGCGCGCGACGGCACCAGCCUGCUCAAGAUCUGGAACGUGAACAAGUGCGCGGGCGUGGUGGGCGUGUUCAACUGCCAGGGCGCCGGGUGGUGCCGCGUCACCAAGAAGACCCGCGUGCACGACGCCGCGCCGGGGACGCUGACGGGAUCAGUCCGCGCCGACGACGUGGACGCGAUCGCGGGCCUCGCGGGGCCCGGCUGGAACGGCGAGUCCGUCGUGUACGCCUACAGGUCGGGGGAGCUCGUCAGGCUGCCCGGGGGUGCCACGCUGCCCGUGACGCUCAGGGUGCUGGAGUUCGAGGUGUUCCACGUCUCCCCCGUCAGGGCGGUCGCGCCGGGCGUGUCGUUCGCGCCCAUCGGCCUGCUCGACAUGUUCAACUCCGGCGGGGCGGUGGAGCAGUGCGCCACGGACGGCGGCACCGCCGUCGUCGCGCUCAGGGUCCGCGGCUGCGGCCGGUUCGGCGCGUACUGCUCGCGGAGGCCCGCGAGGUGCACGCUGGACGCGGCGGAGGUGGAGUUCAGCUACGACGCCGAUACGGGGCUCGUCGCGCUCCACAUCCCCGUGCCGGAGCAGGAGUUCUACAGAUGGAACCUGGAGGUCGAAGUCUAG